GGAGCAGAGGACGAAGCACUCUGCAAACUCUUCUUCUCUUGUUGCUUUUCAUCGACACUCUGUUCUCUCUUCCUGCCUCACUUCUUCCUCCCUUCGUUCCCUUUCCUGGACUCUGAGCUGAGCUGCUACAUCUUCACCUGAGCUUCACCACACUGUCUAAAGUCACUAUGGAUAUUGCCAUCCAGCACCCCUGGUUCAGACGCGCCCUGGGCUCCGUCUACCCCGCUCGGCUCUUUGACCAGUUUUUCGGGGAAGGCAUGUUCGACUACGACCUCUACCCCUACGCCGCCACCACCAUCAGCCCCCACUACAGACAUACGCUGUUUCGCAGCUUUUUGGACUCUUCCAACUCCGGCAUCUCAGAGGUGAGGUCCGACAGGGAAAAGUUCACAGUUUACCUGGACGUCAAGCACUUCUCCCCCGACGAGCUCUGCGUGAAAAUCACCGACGACUACGUGGAGAUCCAGGGCAAGCACGGAGAGCGACAGGACGACCACGGAUACAUCUCCCGCGAGUUCCACCGUCGCUACCGCCUCCCCUCCAGCGUCGACCAGUCAGCGAUCACCUGCACCCUGACAGCUGACGGUCUGCUCACCCUGUGGGGCCCAAAGCUCGGCGGCGGGAACGAAUCCAGCCGCAGCGAGCGCAACAUCCCCGUCACCCGCGAAGACAAGCCCAACGCCGCUGUCUCCUCCUAGAAACCGAGCGGUGGCGAUGCUGCAUCGACUUGGACGGACGACCGCAGAGUCUCUGUCCUACACCCUUUGGGCUUUUUCUUCUCACUUUCCCUUCGAGGAUUUCUGUGUCCUCCCCACUUUCUCCUCCGUAGAUUCUUCUUAGCACAAAGUAUUAUUAGUAUCAUUGUUUGGAGCUUAGCACAAAUCUCCCCCAUGAGGAUGGUGAAGUGAGGGGCGGCUGGAGUUUUCAAAGAGAAACCCCACAGACGGAUGAGACGUUCACUGCUGGUUGUUGGUGGUCUUCGUCAGAGCGAGCCCUCUGACAGGUACAGGUGGGUGGGGUUAAGCCUGGAGGUAAAUGUCACUCGUGUCUUGUCCCAGAUUUUCCAUCAGUGAAGUCCUCCGAGGCCCCAUGGCUGCUUCCAUUCUUGUGCUCUCCUCUCUCGUCUUAAAUAUCUCCUGUUCUGUAGCGUAGGCCUUGUUUAAUGGAUACCUGCUCAUAACUGAGAAGUCCAUACUAAAGAAACAGAUAAUAAAGCUGUACAAUUAAC